AUCGGUUCACUUUCUCUUUACCAUUUUCUCUUCUUGAUCACCGACGGUGACCAGAUCCCAGAUUGCCUCGUGAUAUGAACUCUCAGCGUGGCUCCUCCGCCUCCGGCGGCUCCUUCAACAACUACCAGUUCGACUUCGGCCUCGCCGGCGCCGGCUCCGGCUCCUCCCGGCCCCUCCGCCCCUCCUCCAAACCCUCAUGGACCCAUCAACCCGCCCCAUCCGCCGCUCCCCGCCCUACCUUCGCCAACCCCUCACCCUCCAUGGUCGGCGAUAUCUUCGGCAAGACCUGGACCUCGUCGUCGUCGUCGUCCUCCUCCUCCUCCGGCAUCGGCAUCCCCACCUCCAACCCUAAUCUCUUCUCCGAUCUCCUUGGUCCGGCCCUCGGCUCCUCCCGCGCAUCCUCCAACACCCCCCUCAAAUCCACGAAGAACUCCUUCUCCACCGGCAGCUUGUCCGAUUCGCUUCCCAAGCAGACCGCUCCGCCGUCCACCACCGCCUCCGCUGCUGCUGCUGCUGCUCCGAUUAGACCUAGCUGGGGAUCGGCGGAGAAUCUUGCCGGUUUUGGUGUCUCCAAGGGCGCCGGCCAGGGUCAGCCGAUGAGAUCCGCUGCUGGGGUUGCUGGAUCCGCGAUGAAUUCCAAGAAGGCAGAUCCCUUUGGAUCAUUGCUCGAUUUUGGAUCCAUGAAUUCGAAGAAUUCUUCAAUAGCAUCAGCGAAACCCAAAGCUCCCUCCACCGGCGGCAAUGGUUCCGGAUUUGGCUCUUUCCAGACCGCGAAUCCAUCGAAAAAGGACGACUUUGGGACAUUCCAGAACGCUAAUCCCCCAAAACCAGAGAAUUUUGGAAUCCCUCCUCCUUCUCAGAAGCCAGCUCCAGCGAAAGCCGCCGGAGCUGAUCCAUUGGAUAUGUUCUUCUCAGCAUCCGCCCCUGCCGCGCCAGCUCCAACAGAGGCCUCAGGUAGUGAGCCAUUCUCAGAGUUGAAUGACUGGGAUUUGGGAUCAGAGUUUGGAGGGAAUGACAGUGGUGGUGGGACAACCACGGAGCUCGAAGGGCUCCCUCCACCGCCUCCAGGUGUCUCCUCCUCCGGGGCGAAGACGAAAGGCUUGGAUAACUACAAGCAAGGGCAGUAUGCAGAUGCUAUCAAGUGGCUCUCUUGGGCUGUUGCACUGUUGGAGAAGUCCGGGGACAAUGCUUCCACCAUUGAGGUUUUAUCUUGUAGAGCUUCGUGCUAUAAGGAAGUCGGAGAGUAUAAAAAGGCGGUGGCCGAUUGCUCGAAGGUUUUGGAGAAUGACGGGAAGAAUGUCGCCGUGCUGCUGCAGCGUGCUCUCUUGUAUGAGAGCAUUGAAAAAUAUCGACUUGGAGCUGAGGAUUUGAGGAUGGUUCUAAAGAUUGAUCCGGGUAAUAGACUUGCAAAGAGUACAAUUCAUCGUUUGAAUAAAUUGGCCGAUUAAAACAUCUCCAACAUUCCAUACACUGCAAAAUUGUGUUGUUGAAUAAGCAUGCUUUGUUUCAAGAUUCUGUUUUGUUCUUUGAGAGUGUUUUUUUUUACAUAUGAUAUCCACUUUUGCGAUAUUAUCUUGUAGAAUUGUUUGAUAAUUGAGCUUUUUAGUUGACAGUAAUGUUUUUUUA